CGUUGGAAUGUCUUCAAAUUAAAAAUGAAAAAAAAGUUUAAAAAAGCGAUUUCAAAAUCUCCAAAAAGCGUCACAGAUAAAGAUUCAGCUAAAAGAAAUGCUGCAGAUGAAAUCACUCAUGAUGAUACUACUGCUGAAGAUACAGACGGUGAAACAGAAGAAAACAAAUUUGUAUCAGUAAAACAUGGAAAGUUUGUAUACGAUUUUAAAUUUCGAACAAUUAAAAUAAUAGCAAUAAUAUUAUUGCUGCUACUAUUUUCCAAUAUUUUACUGUCUCUUAAACUAUUUGAUGUCGCAAUAAGAAUUCGAAACCAUUUAGGUUAUUUUAUAAAUAUGGUUACUGAUGGAGGAGAAGGUGCGAAGUUACCGAUGUUUCAGUCAAUUCCGGUUUUGAUAUUUUUACUUCUGGAUAUUAUUUUUAUAAUUGCACUUUGGAAAAUAUUUAAAACUAAACCGCAACGUAAAUACAACUGGUUACUAUUUAUCACGAUUCUGGUAGAUGUGGUUUUUAUAUUAGGAACAUUUAUUUUUUUAUUUAUUAUUAUGAGCCAUAUUUAUCAAGAGCACACCUAUAUCCAUGAUGGUAUCGUCGAGGCUAUGAACAAUUAUUCCAGUAAUUCUUUAUUUAAGAAACAAAUUGAUAGAUUGCAGAUAGAAUUCCAAUGUUGCGGAAGUAAAAAAUAUGACGAAUGGUACAAUAUACAAUGGUACGAUACUAGUUUGAUAAAAAAAGGUCAUGCUGAAAAAACUCAUAGCAAUACACCGUUCAGUUGCUGUUCCAUUUCCUCUUUAUUUCCGUGUAUCCAUCAUAACAUUGAAAAUACUGGAAAGGCUUAUUUGUAUACCCCAGAACAAAAUCUUAGUAUAUCCACCACUGGUUGUCAUGAGAAAAUAUUGAAAAAAACAAGAGAAGUGGGAUGGAGGAUCAUAGGAAAUUUGUUCCUUCUCAUUUUUCUUCAAGUUGUUCUCGUAGUAGGUCUACGAUUUUUGCAAACCGCUCAUUUUGAAAGGUUUAUGUUCGAAGCUCACGACAGGCUUUACACAGCAUGGAUUUUUGGAUGUGCAGUAAAAAAACCAUCAAAAGAAUCUAAUUUACCUCCGCCAGUACCGCCUGUUCCAGAAGAAUUAAUGAAAUGAGUUAGCCUUGGGCGAAGCGUGUGAUUCAUAAUAAUAAAAGAAGACCGAUACUGAAAGCGCCGAAAAUUUAAAUGAGCCCACCAAUUCUACUCCAACAACAUUGCAGAGUAAUACGAAUUUAACUGUAUACUUUUAAUUUUAAGUCUAUAACAAAUGAACAUAAUUUGUAAAAUUUUAUCGUAAUAAAUAAAAAG